AGCCUUAGUGUCUUGUCAGCUGGGCAUUCAACGCAGGAGAAACAGGCAUUCACUUUGCCUGAGCCCCAGUCUGAACCUGAACCUGUUCUGCUGGGCCACCGGAGUCAGAAGCCAAUUCCAGCUGACUCGCCUUCUCAGACGCUGGCCAGGGGUUCUCACAGAGCGCGGCAUUGAUGGACUGGAUGAAAUCUAGAGUUGGGGCCCCGGGACUGUGGGUCUGUCUCCUGCUGCCUGUCUUCCUGCUGGGGGUGUGCGAGGCAUACCCCAUCUCUGACUCCAGCCCCCUCCUCCAGUUUGGGGGUCAAGUCCGACAGAGGUAUCUCUACACAGAUGACGACCAGGACACCGAAGCCCACCUGGAGAUCAGGGAGGACGGAACAGUGGUGGGCACAGCACACCGCAGUCCAGAAAGUCUCCUGGAGCUCAAAGCCUUGAAGCCAGGGGUCAUUCAAAUCCUGGGUGUCAAAGCCUCUAGGUUUCUUUGCCAACAACCAGAUGGAACUCUCUAUGGAUCGCCUCACUUUGAUCCUGAGGCCUGCAGUUUCAGAGAGCUGCUGCUUAAGGACGGAUACAAUGUGUACCAGUCUGAGGCCCAUGGCCUGCCCCUGCGUCUGCCCCAGAAGGACUCCCAGGAUCCAGCAACCCGGGGACCUGUGCGCUUCCUGCCCAUGCCAGGCCUGCCCCACGAGCCCCAAGAGCAACCAGGAGUCCUUCCCCCAGAGCCCCCAGAUGUGGGUUCCUCCGACCCCCUGAGCAUGGUAGAGCCUUUGCAAGGCCGAAGCCCCAGCUAUGCAUCUUGAAUCUUCCCGAUUCUAGGCAUGUUUCUCUUUAGGUUUCCUCUUAUUUAUUAUGGGUAUUUAUCUUAUUUAUUUAUUUUAAAGUUUUUUUUCUUACUUGGAAUAAUAAAGAGUCUGAAAGAAAAUUUUGUUUGUUAA